UCAAAAUCGUGUAACACCUGUAGAAGAAAUUCAGAUUCUGAAUCAGAAAAAAUAUUCUAUUUUCUUUGUAAAAACAAAUUACUAUGUCAGACGACGUGCAGGAAAACUUAAAGACUUACAAAAUCCAGUUGCAACAGGUUGAGGCAUCACUAACCACAGAUCCUGACAAUGAAGACCUUCUCAAACUCAAGAGAGAUCUUCAGGAAGUGAUAGAUCUGACGGUCGAGCUGGUGGCGGGCAAGGCUAGCGAGGCAGGUGAUUCGGGGUCGAGUCGUCCGGAGAACGCCGACUCGACACAACACAGCUGGAAAGUGGGCGACGCCGUCCAGGCCAUCUACUCGACCGAUGGACAGUAUUACAAUGCCGUAAUUGAUGAGAUCCUUGAAGAUGACACAUGUACAGUUACGUUUGAAGAAUGGGGCAACACAGACAUAACACAGAUUUCUCAGCUCAAACCUCCAGAGUUAAACACGAGACAAGCUGAUGGAGAUGGUCCCGAUUCUAAAAGACCAAAGUCAAAGAAAGACCUGGCCAUACAGCAGAGAGACUACAAACGGAAGAAGUCGCAGAAGAAGGCCCAGAGAAUGAAACAGCUCGAAGAGGAGAGAGAGUCGGAGAAAAACAAGUGGAAGCUAUUCAACUCAAAGACGUUUUCCAAGACUAACAAAGGCCGAGUUAAGAGAAGUAUAUUUGCUACACCAGAAGCGGUUGAAGGUCGUGUGGGCGUCGGCACCUGCGGCAGGGGUGGACAACCCAUGACAGCUUACCAGCAUCAAGAAAAGUGGAAGAAAUAGUGCAUAUUGUUUGACUGGGAUAUUGGUUCAUUGACUUUUAGUGACUGAAUAUAUAGUGCAAUUUGAGGCCGUUGAUCAUCAGAUCUUUAUUUUUGUAUGGGUCUUCCAAGAUGGAAAGAAAACUUCAGCAAACAUCAAAUUCACUGGACCAUCACAGAGUUUGAAACGACAGUCCACCUUUUAUACCUUGUACAGGGGACAAUAUUUACAAAUCUUAGGUAACCGAAAGUCAGUUCACGUGAGUUUUCCUUAGGUAACCGAUUGUUCGGGUACGUGAAUAUAGUUCUAGUAACCGAUGAGUUAGGCCUACCUAAUUGUAAAACACUUGAACUACGGUUCAAAGGUAUUUUAAAAAAUAACUGAUUUUAAGUCUCACUUUUGAUAAGGUACUUUUAAUUUCAGAAAUUAACUGUUCACCACGUAACCAAUUGGAGGUUCACGUGAUUUUAAAGUUGUGUAACCGACACGUGAACAGAACAGCGGUUCUCGUGAAAUAUUGUGCCCUGUGGUAGGUGAAAUAACAAUUGACGGGCUAUUUCCCACAGUGUCAUAGGUCAGAUGUUUGUACAGUUAUCUCAUCUGCUAUUUACUAUUUAGCUCAUGGUUGUGUAAUAUUUUAAUUCCAUAAUGUUAGGCAAACGGACGUUUUAAAAACAUUUUAUACCUAAUUAACUGAUUUUUGAGUUAUGUGAAGAUAUUUCAUAACUGGUGAGUUACAAUUUGACGACCGAUGUGCUGUGAAUCAAGUGUCCAAUAAUCAGUCUGAACUUGUAAAGAAUCGUGCAUUUUUGGAAUACAUUAAUCACGUUUUAAUUAUUCUUAAGUUUGCGACUUUUAAUUUGAGAACAUAAUGAUUCAUCACAUAACUGAUUGGUUUGUGAGUGAAUUUGAAGUUGCGUAACCAACAUGGGAACAGAACGACUUAUCACGUGAAAUAUUGUGUCUUACCAGCAAUUCUGAACCUGUUAUAAUUUUAUUAUUAUUGUACACUGUAUGAUCCAUAACUGGUUCAACAAAGGCCAUGGUUUGUGCUAUCCCUCCUGUGGGAAGUGCAAAUAAAAGAUCCCUUGCUGCUAAUCGGAAGAGUAGC